AAGGAGCUGCUGAGAGUCCCUCAGGUGACCAUGCUUAAUGGGGAGGCGAGCGCCUCCUCUGCCAGGAAUGUGGUCCGCAGCUCCAGCAUCAGCGGAGAGAUGUACAACAUCGAGAAGAGUGGCGGAGGCAACCCGGAUUCGGCAAGCCUCUCCUCCACCAAGAAGCGCCGGUCCAGUCUGGGUGCCAAGAUGGUGGCCAUCGUAGGCCUGUCCCAGUGGAGCAGGAGUACGCUGCAGCUCAACCACCCCGAUGGCGGCCCAAAGAAACUCCGCAGCAACAUCCGCCGCAGUACAGAGACCGGCAUCGCUGUGGAGAUGAGGAAUAGGGUCACCCGGCAAGGCAGCCGAGAGUCUACAGACGGAAGCACCAACAGUAACAGCUCCGACGGCACGUUCAUUUUCCCCACAACUAGACUGGGAGCUGAAAGCCAGUUCAGCGACUUCUUGGAUGGACUGGGGCCGGCACAAAUUGUGGGGCGGCAGACGCUGGCCACGCCUCCGAUGGGUGAUGUCCACCUUGGGAUGAUCGACAGGAAUGGGCAGCUGCAGGUGGAAGUGAUAGAAGCCCGAGGACUCACUCCAAAGCUGGGCUCCAAGUCCAUUCCUGCCACCUAUGUUAAGGUCUACCUGCUAGAAAACGGGGCCUGCUUGGCCAAGAAGAAAACCAAGACGGCCAAGAAGACCUGUGACCCGCUCUACCAGCAGGCCCUGCUGUUCGACGAGGGCCCUCAGGGCAAAAUGCUGCAGGUAAUUGUCUGGGGAGACUAUGGGCGCAUGGACCACAAGUGCUUCAUGGGAAUGGCCCAGAUUGUUCUAGAAGAGCUGGACCUGUCCAGUGCAGUGACGGGUUGGUACAAGCUCUUUCCCACCUCCUCGCUGGCGGACUCCACCAUCGGACCCCUUACACGGCGUCUCUCCCAGUCCUCCCUAGAGAGUUCCAUAAGUCCUUCUUGUCCUUAA